AUGGAUGCUGCGGCCGGUGACAGCACUACAAGCACCUACUCCACGGUAACGAGCAAACAGACGCGGACGCGGGUAUCGCCCGUUAAGUGGCCUACGGAAUUUACGACGCUCGCCCCGCUGACGGGCGAGGUGUUCGCGAUUGAGUCAUCCGACGCUCAAUUGUUAUCCGUGGCGCGCAAGGCGCGGGCUAUAAAAAACGCCGUGUCCACCAAUUUGAGCGUCGUUGCACGGCCGACG